AUGCGCUGCUGGGUGGCCGUGCUCUGCCUGUCGGCGCUGACGACGCUGGUGCUGGCGUCUGCAGACGACACCACGCCCCAUGAGACUGCGCUCUCACAGGUGGACGCUGACUCGGAAUUAACACAAGAAGAAAAACGAGCCUGGUCAAGCUUGCACGGUGGCGGAGGCUGGGGGAAAAGGGGAUGGCAGGAUAUGAGCUCAGCAUGGGGGAAACGAGCCUGGCAAGAUCUCAACUCGGUCUGGGGAAAACGCGGCUGGCAAGACCUUAACUCAGCAUGGGGCAAACGAGGCUGGCAAGAUCUGAACUCGGCUUGGGGCAAGAGGGGAUGGCAAGAUCUAAACUCUGCUUGGGGAAAACGUGGAUGGCAAGAUCUCAACACCGCGUGGGGCAAACGCGCAUGGAGAGAUAUGUAUCAGGCUCCUUGGGGUAAGAGGGGUUGGCAGGACAUGAGCUCAGCAUGGGGCAAACGUGGCUGGCAAGACAUGAGCUCAGCUUGGGGCAAACGUGGCUGGCAAGACAUGAGCUCAGCUUGGGGCAAACGAGGACCUGCUGAAAAAUGGGGGAACUUCCACGGAUCGUGGGGAAAGAGGACAGGCACUGAACCGGAACUUGAUGAUUAUGAAAUGGCCGUUGAAACUCUUACUCCUAUUCAACAGGCGGAAGCUGGUGAUAAGAUUGCAAUGGAAGCUCCUGAGAAAAAAGCGUGGUCAGCGCUGCACGGGGCCUGGGGCAAACGACCCGCCAAGCAAGCGCAGUACAACAGCGGAUCAUAUUACUGGAAGCGAGAACCCGGCUGGACAAAUUUAAGAGGAAUGUGGGGCAAGCGCGCUCAAUGGCACCCCGAUAUAGACGUUCUCGAUAUGGAUGAGCACGACAGCAGCACGGCAGGCGAUGAGGCCUAG